UUUGCCUCCCCUGCAUCCUCGUGUUGGGGCCCCAGCCUGCUUCUCCUCAAGGCCUCCUCGCUGCCUCCCCAGCCCAUCUGGCUCAGCUGCUGUGUGAGGGCCCAGCGCUGGUGGGCAGCCAGAUCGCCUUACACUGCCUGGGGCCACGGUGGAGCUGGGAGCCCAGCAAUCUGAGCUGGACCAGCAGAUGGGGCCGCCCAGGGCAGAGGUGGGGGAGUCUGAAGCCAUCUGUAGGGCCAUCCUGAAUGGUGCCGUGGGUUGGAAAGGCCCACACGGGCUCCCAGCACAUGCUUGGGAUGAGACCUUGGCUGGCAACACAGGAGCUGGCCUUCUGCUGCAGGUUCUGAAGGGGGCAGCCCCAGGCAGGUGGGAUGCCCUUGAGGUCAGCCUGGGUGUUUCUGGCAGACUACCAUCCCUGGAGCUGGAGCCUGCUAUGGAGUGGGUGAUCUCUGGACAGCUCUGAGAGGAGGUGGAUACUUAGUGGGGCUUGGAGUUAGAGGGCAUGGUUCAGAUCUGCCCCUGGAAGGUUCUGGGGCAGAGGCCAAUGUUCCCUUUACACACCACACACACACUGGUAAUGUGGCUUCCUGGGUCCCUGGAUCCAGGCUAUGAUAACUGGCCUGUGCUGUCCAUCUGUGUCAGGUGACUUACAUACAGAAUCCCAUCAGUUCCCACCUCUGCCCUGUGGGGUUGUAGUUUUUAAAUAGUUAUCUGAAAGAUGGGGCCCCUAAGGCUCUGAGAGGAGAGGCUCAGCUGAAGAGGUUGGUGAGUAGUAGAGCUGGGUCACUGUGACUCUACCACACCUGUGGAGGCACCCAGGGCCUGAUCUCAGUUCUGAACCUACAGGCUUGGGCUCCCAAGGAUGUCCCAGAUGGCAGAUACUGAGGCUGGGAGGCCUGGAUCUAGUCUGUUAAAGCUGGGGAGAGCCUGGCCAGCCAUCAAGCAGGAAGCCAGUGGCCGACUUGGGACACCGACCAGCUGGGAGCUGUCAUGCCCUUAGGUCACUGGGCCAAGCCCUGAUGGGACUGUGUCUCCCGGGGAGCCUCAGGCAAGGGCUGGUGGACUUAGCCCAGAUCAGUGAGUCAUUUUAGGUGGCUGAGCCAGGGAGUGCUGGGGUGGGGGCUGCGUGAGGUUGAAGCUGUCAGUUGGAGGAUGACGGGUCCAACUGACUGUGCAGUGGGGACACAGCCACCAGUGUUGCUUGCUGGGGUGCCCUGGGGACUGUCUUGGGUGGGUUGGGCCAUUCGUUUUUCUUGCCAGUUUGCUAUCAGGAGGAGCCCCUGAUAAAUCCCCUCUGGGGUGUGGUACCAGCGUUUUUUUGCAGAAGCUCUCCAAACCCCUGCAGAGAAAAGGAGGAGCUUAUUUCAGGAUAGGAGGGGACUUCUGCCCUGGUGAGGUAUCCCUGUAGCUGGUCUCCUUUUUGAUGGCCCCAGCUCCCCCUCUGCCCCCCAGAACCUGGCUGGCCUGUGCCCCCCUGUCUCUGUGCUCCAGCCCUCUGCCCCUGGGUGCUUCCUUAGGACUCCCUGCUGCAGGUCCCAGGGGCAGGAGAGAAGGGAGUUUCCGGCUUGAGUGAGAAUGAGCCCUGGAGGUGGGGUGGGCACAGAGACCCCCAGCCAGGGGGGUUGGAAGGCCCCUGGCAGUGACUGGUUCUAGAGCUUGUCCCUGGAGCCUCUGAAGUGUUGAAAGUGUCUGGCCAGGGUUCUGUUCCUUCCUGCCUAGCAGGGAAGGCCGGAUGACAGAAGCUGCCCUCAGCCACUGGGUGGUCUGCAGUUCCUCACACCUGCCCAGGUGGGUGCCUUUGCUGAGCCCCUUGUGCAGCACUGGUGUGGGGGUGUGCCUCUGCCAGGCUUCAGGCCUGGAUGCUUUGGGGCCCAGCUCCAGCACUCCAGGGGAGGACCUCAGGCUAGAGCUGGUUUCUAUCCCUAAUUUACCUAGAUCUGGGCCAGGCCUGGGUGGUGAGCUCACCUGCAACAAUGACUGUCCCAGAGAGUGGGGGCCACAUUGGCCCUCCUCUCCGAAGACAAUUUCCCGCCACCCAUGCUGGGGGCACUUAGGAUGGGAGAGGGCCCCUCUUCACCUCCUCACCCUACAGGACAGGGCCUGGAUCCUCCCUUGUGUGGCUUCCGGAAAGUUUGUGAGUUGGGCAAAAGGUUGUGGCCACGAUCUGUCCAACGGUAUACCAUCAGGCCGGAACGCUCUCCCGAAGGCUUUUAUUGCCAGAGUGGAAGGGUCACUCAGAGGCACUUUUUGCUUUGUUUUUCUGUAUUUGUCAAGAGCAGCGGCUCCCAGGUGCCCAGGUUUAGGGCCUAACCCACCAUGUCGGACACCUUGCUGUGCCUGUCUGGGUGUGUGGGGCGGCAGGAGGGGCAGCUCCCUGGAGGGCUGUGUGAGUGGGUUUUCCAGACUCCCUGCCCUCCCCCAGCACUCCAUUUGCUUAUUCAAUCCAGGCCAUUAUCCUGGUCUCUGCCCUGCCUCAGGCGGGUGGAAAUGCGAUCCGGCUCCAUUGAUCGCUGAUGGAGCCCGACUGCAGCAGCCACAGCUGGGUGGGGAGGAGGACAGGACCCUCCACAGACAAACUGGAGGAGGGUGGGAGUGGAUUCCUCACCAAGUCUCAGGCUUGGGGGCUCCAUGGGACCAAGACAGCCCAGUGCUGCUGGCAUCCCACAGCAGGCCCGUCCACCCUCAGAGAGGCUUCCAGUGUCCAGCCUCUGCACAGAGGCCAAACCUCCCCACCAGGCCUCUCCUUUCAGAGCAGAGGUAUCCUCCCCAACACCCAAGUCCAGGCUGCCAGUCCAGUGUGGGUGCCGCUGAGGUCCUGGACUUGGCCCUGGGGAUGGCCUGGAUCUGUUUGCAUCUCAAGCCAUCAUCCCAUCUCAUGCCACCCCAAAGGGCAGGGAGGGUGGAAAGGGUGGUGGCAUUGUUAUCUCAGGGGCCCUGCCCUAAGUCAGCUACUCCCCCAGCUAGAGCUUAUUUGGAAAAUGAGCCUGCUUCUGGUGGGAUCGUAUUGCCCAGGAGGCUUGGGAGCAAAGAGUCCCUUCCAGGCUGCAGGGGAGGCAUGCAGGUGCGGGGUGGGGGGCAGGCAGCCUUCACCCUUGCUAAAGACUUGAGAUGCCUUCAAGGGGCUUCAGCACCCCUUGGGAAAGGACCUGGCCUCAUCAGGGGAUGUGGGAAUGCAGAAGUGUGCUGUCCUUAGGUAAGUGACUGGAGGUCUGGGGAGGUACCAUUCCAGGAAUCAGAUUGCAGCCAGCCCUCAAAGGGUCUGGGUGUUUGAGGGGCUACUGGGUGUGUGGUGGGUUCUGCUGUCAGGAGAAUGCUGUCUGGAUGGGAGGUAUUUGGCAGGUUUCAGCUUAGCCUUAGGGAUGGUGUCUGCUCCAUCCCUGCCCACGGGGACUGCAAGUUACAGAUAUGAGGGGCGGGGAGGAGAGGAAGGGGCUGAGGAGGAGCCGGGACCAUCCCUGCUGUGGACUGAUGGUCCCAGAGGCUGCCUGUGUCUGUUCUUGUGUAGAAGGCCCCGGCCCCAGUGUCCAUCCACUGCUUUCAGGGAAGAGACUGGGAAGUGGAAGCUCCUCCUCCUUUGUACUUGAUAGAGAGGAGGGAUGUUUGAGCAGCAACCCCCUCCUCCCCUUGGGGUGGGCAGCCUGUGAGCUUUAGGCUCUGGGGAAUGACUUGGGAGCAGUCUCCAUGGAUUAAAUGGGGCAGUGAUGUGGGCUUAGUAAAUAACAAAACCCAGCCCACAUUAGACGUCUCUUCUCUAGCGCUCGCUCCGGGUGGUGGGUGGGGGAGAGAGCUCUCUGGCCUGGCUGGUGCCGGUUCCCGGAGCCCCUGCUGUCAGGUGCUGGGAGUGGAGGUGCUCUCAGGUUCCCUGGGGAGCGGUGACCACAUCUGGGGGCCUGGGUUAGAUCCUGGUGGCUGCCCUAGGGAUGGUGUCUGCUCCAUCCCUGCCCACAGUGACUGAGGGUUACAGAUAUAAGGGGAAGGGAGGAGAGGUGGUGGGGGGGAAGUGGGGGGUGGGGAAGAGGCAGGAGGGGAGGAGGGACCAGGACCAGCAGGCAGGGCCUCCACAUCAGGGCGACCCUGCAGGAAGGACCAUGCACCAGACCUUGUUGCAGCUGCGGGGAUGGGCGCCGCUGCCCUGGCCCUGCCUGGACCAUCCUAACUAUCCCUGUCUCUCCCUUAGCUAGCACAGGCCGAAGUCUCCCCAGCUCCCUGGCCCCAUGGCCGCUUGCCUCUCCCCGUUUUUGGCAAUGGUAGAACUCACACUGGUGAGGUAAUGGGAUCCGGUGGUUCUAGACUUGCCAACUAUGGGGCGAGGGCUCAGCCAGCACCCUGUGUGCAGUCGCCGAGGAAGGGGCCAGCCGUGCUGGACCUGCUGCUCUGCCAGGAAGGAGGGGACUCAGGUCCUGGGACUGCUGGGCAGUGGCAGAGGGCAGGUGCAGCUGGAAGUGACACUUGGUGUUUCCCUGCAUCCCCUGAGGUCACAGGUCCUCAAGUCAGCUGGGAAGCUGUCCUCUGGCGCUCAGGGGCUGCUGCCAGAGGAGCUGGGGUCCAGUUCCGUUCUGGGCUUUGGGUCUUGAGUUCUGAAUCGGGGAGUGAGGGAGCGGGGAACACAAGGUUUCAGGGCUCUGACCCGGCUCCUCAGGGUGGUGAACCUUCUCACCCCCUCCCCUGAAAGGCCCUGUUCAGGGUGGGCUCUAGAGCCCCGAGGGAGGGUCUCCUUCCUUCCCUUCUGCAUGUCACCAAGAGCGCUUCCUUCCUGGGCUGCUGGCUGGGAGAAUGAGGGCAAGGAGCAUCGCAGAUGUCCUGUGAUCCUGCUGAGGCCAUGGAAGGCCAGACGGGAUGAGCCUCCAGAGAUGUGUGGGAGGAGAGCGGCUCGGGCUUCAGCUCAGGCAGCAGCAGCACCCCCGGCCUGAGCCACUGGGGGUGCUGCUGCCGUCACUGUUGCUGCUGCCUGCGCCGCCUGAGCCGCGGGGGUGCUGCUGCCACCGCUGUUGUUAUUGCUGCUGCCUGUCCCGUCACGCGAGCCGCCGCCUGAGCCAGGCUCAGGGUUCUAUUGACUCCUUGUAAUCACCCACAAGUGGGACGUGUAGCAAGUCCUCCCAGUUUCAGCAAUGACUGUCACUUCCCGUUGGAAGCAGUUAAGGCCUGGUGCACCCUCUCCCUUCCUUUCUUUUACGGCCAUGGUGAUCUUGGCAGAUCUGGGGGGCACAUCUGCCAGGAACUCUUGUCCAGCAAAAGGGUUCCAACCUGGAUAGGGGGGUACACGGAAGACAAAGAUUAUAGACAGCCAGGGUCUGGAGGGUUGAGAAGUCAAUGCUUCACCAACAAUUUUAUUUUGAAGGACUGGCCCCUGGGGUGUGGGUGGCCCAUGGACUGGACCUCUGUGCCUCCAGCUCUCCGCUUCAUGGAUGGGCUCCUGAUGGCUCAGAGCCUGUGACAAAGUCUCCACUCACCUUCCCAGAGCCUGUGUUUGCAGUGGGAGCUCCCCUGAGCCGGACCAUGGGUCGUGGGACCUGACUCUGCGGUUGGAAUGAGUGGCAGUUGCCAGAGAGCCAGGCUUGGUGGGCAGACCUGCUGGGGAAGCCAGCCCUGGAGUCUCCUGUGCCUGUAGAUGGCUCAGGGGAGCCAGAGUGGGGGCUGAACGUGUGGUUGAGAGGGUGUGGGUGCAGGUAUUGAGUGUGUGUGUGAGUGUGGCCUGGCCUGCCGGGAACCGUGCAAACGCAGAUGUGAAGGCCUGUCCCCUGCUCCCCAGCCCUCAGGGGGAGCCUUCCAUCUCUGUUGCUCCCCAUCCCCCAAACCCCUCCUAUCAGCCCCCAUCAACCUUCCUUUCCCCUCACCUGCCCUCAGAAAGUCCUGGGUGAUUCCAUGACCCACCAGCCCCUGUGGCAUCGGCUGGUGGCUGCAGGCUCCACGCAGCUCACUGUGCUCUUCUGAGAAGACACAGGCUGAGUAGGGAAGGUGGGGAGUAGGGCAUCCCUAGAAGACAGUGUCUGAGCCCGAAGCUCUUGAGACAGAAGGAGAAGGGGACUGUCGUCUUGCAGGCAGCACUGUGCGUGUUAGAUGCUAUGGGCACACGUGGACGCUGUGUAAACAGGCUGGCUGUGCGGGGCAUGAAGAAGGCUGCCCUGAGCUAGGGCCGCACGGCACCUGCUGGAACACGUGGAGUGGUGGGGAGUCCUGGAGGAUGAGUGACCCUCAGGGAGAGGAGGAGACUCCUGUUGGAGAGCGCACAGAUGACCCUGGGGACCAUGCCAGGCCAGAAGGCAGGCCGUUUGAAGGCUGCAUUUGCUGAACCUGAGGACCACAGAAGCCACCCAGGCAGAGGAGGUGUGAUAUGUGUGUUCUGGCAGGAUAGCUCUUUCGGCUGUGUGCAGGAUGAAAGGAGCAGAUGGACCCGGCGGACCCGGCCAUUAGGUCCAUGGUGGCGGAGGCAGCAGGCACCGUGGGAGGAGGACCUUGGAUACAUCCCUAGGAAGAUUCUCGCUCUGUUGUUGCCCAGACUGGAGUGCAGUGGUACAAUCUCGGCUCACUUCAACUUCUGCCUCCCUGGUUCCAGCGAUUUUUCUGCCUCAGCCUCCCAAGUAGCUGGGACUAUAGGUGCGUGCACCACCAAGCCUGGCUAAUUUUGGUACUUUUAGUAGAGACAGAGUUCUACCAUGUUGGCCAGGCUGGUCUCGAACUCCUAACCUCGUGAUCUGCGCGCCUCGCCUCCCAAAGUGUUGGGAUUACAGGCAUGAGCCACUGAGCCUGGCCUGAGGCUAUUUUCAAGUAGUUGAAGGAAUUCUAAUUCUCUGUGACUAGAGAGUGAAGCAGGGGCAGUGGCAAACCACAGACAGGCAUGUUCUGAAUGUCACACAGAACUUCCUGUCUGCGAGAUUGAGGGCCUUGGGCUGAACGCUCCAUCUCUGGAGAUGGCCAAACAAAGGUGCUGGGUGGGAUGCCAGCCUCAGGUGGGGACCAGAUUAGAUGCCCUGUCAGCAGGACAAUCCUAAGUGUAUGUUGAGACUGGUUCCUCACCCAAGGUGGGGUCUCUCACAACUCCCUAAAUUCCCUAAAUAUAAAUGCUGUGAUGAGAAAACUGAACACAGAGUUUUGCAUUCACAGCAGAUGUGUCUUUUCUCAAAGAGCAGACGCUGAAGAGUCAGCCCCUGCAGUGGGAGGCGGGCAAGUCCUAUAGGGAAGGCUCUUGAAGUUCUGCCAGGUGUUGGCCCAGGCAUGACCCCAGCCUUCCAGGGACUGGAGGCCUGUCAGUGCACUGGCUUCGCUGGGGUUUCUUGGGGUGAGAGGCCAGCUGGAAAAGGAGGCAGCAGGCCUUGGGGUGGCAGUGGCCCCUGCAGAGAAGGCUCCAUCAUCAGAUGCUAAAACCUCCAGUUUCAACUUUUCCUGCAGUGGACGAGUCGUUCCCAAUAAUGGAAUGAACUGGAUUUCCUGAACAAGCCUCCCAGUGAAGAGGAAGGACAGCUUCCACUGGAGCUUGUCAGGGGAGUAACUCGAACCUCUUAGCCAAGACCGGAGUUAAACGGGCAGCUUCAUCACACCACCGACGUUGACCCCAGGCUGACAAAUGUGACCUGCUUCCGUUGGUCUUUGGAUCCUCAUUUCUAUUUUCUUUUUAACUUCAUUGUAUACAUCUUUUAUGUAAUUUGCUUCAAGUUAUUUUGUAGGGAAAUGUGUAAAAAAAAAAAAAAACCCUGCUUUUUGGGAUCAUGAAAAGAUUCCAAAGUUAGAUUAGGUGAUGGCUGUCCAACUUUGUAAAUAAAUAUACAAAAGACUGUUCAAUGGUACACUCUAACUGGAUGAGCUUAGUGGUAUGUACAUUAUCUCAAUAAAACAAUU